GAUGCAUUAAACUAAGCGUCAUACAUAGGCCGAUACAGACCAACCCAACUGAAUUCCACAACACACAUUCCAAUUUAAACUAGUAAGCUUAAACACAAUGGCUGAAAGCCAUGAAUUCCGCAGAAGGGUUCUUCUGCUUGUCACAGCAGGAGGUUUCACUCAUGCAGCUCCCGUUCUUGAGAUAGGCGCUGUUCUCGCCUCUCGAGGCCAUGAUGUCCAAUUCGCUACCUGCGCAGGCCAGGAAGAUUGGACAAUUAAUUAUCCCUUCAUAAAAACCGUUUACACGGUUGGCCCCGCUGCUUCAGAAGAUGACUUGGAUCUGCACUACGAGACAAUGCGUCUUUGGCGUCAUGAGCACGGCUUCGGUCCCAUGAUGAAGUCGAAAUACUUUUUUGACAACUUCUGGACAGAUACUUACAAAUCUCUUCGAUCGUUAUGUGAAGAUGGUUCUACGAGGCCUGAUUUUAUCGUUGCAGACUUCUUCGCUGAUAGCGCUGCGAGGGAUAUGCUCAAGCAGUUCAAUAUCCAACUAGCGAGCGUCUGGCCUCAAAUGCCUUAUGCCAUGGCUCCUGUCAGUUAUCAUCCGGGACAACCUGGAUUCCAAGCCGAUGGUGCGUUGACUUCGGAACAUGCUUCUCUAUCAUCACGGUUCUGGAACGAAUUUGUGGUUCUUGCGGCGCUUCCUACUAUCAUCCCCUGGUUAAUAUGGACGAAACGAAUGCGUGUUGAUGCUGGCGUCAACUAUAGCCACUCUCUUCUCUCCAAGCCUGAUUAUCUUGUUCUUGUCAACUCCUUCUGGGGCCUUGAAGCGCCGAAGGAAUUGCCGCCUCUUAUGGCACCUGUUGGACCUAUCUUGAGCGACGAAUACCUUCCAUUGGACGAAGACUUGGCUCAGUUUCUAAGUAGCCAUGAUAGGACCAUCUACGUGUGCCUAGGGACACAUGUUAACCUUCCGGGUGAAGAACUUGAAAAGUAUCUCCUUGGAUUCAUCCAAGCUCUCGACGAUGACUCGAUCAAUGGAGUCAUAUGGUCUAUUCCCCAAAAGCCUCGCGCCAAUUUCGACACCUUCAAGUCUUACAAUCUGUCUGAUGGUUCGAGCAUAUCCAUUACUGAUCUUCUGAACGAUUCCCACCCGCGUUUUCGGCUUCCCAUCUUUGCACCGCAGCGCGCUAUCCUAGCACAUCCUAAUACAGUCCUCUUUCUCACUCACGGGGGCGGCUCCAGUGCCAACGAAACUCUCUUCCAUGGAACACCAGUCCUCGCUAUAGGAUACUUCUUCGACCAGCUCUGCAACAGUGCCAGACUAAAAGCCGCCGGUGUGGGCAUAUCUCUCGAUAAAUCCUACCUCACACCAUCCUCUAUCUCCUCCGCCAUUGCAAGCAUCAUAACUGACAAAGAUGGCUCCUUUGCCAUGAACGUGCGUCGUAUGCAAGGAAUAGCAACCCUCAACUCUAAACGCAAACACCUUGCAGCUGAUCUUAUCGAGGAAGUAAUGAUAGAUCAAGAACUUCGAUUCAAGAAUGGGGUUGAGUUGCGACCGAUGCAUCUACAGACAGCGGAUAUGCGUAUGCCGACAUGGAAGGCGAGAAAUUGGGACAUGUGGUUCAUCAGCCUCACUGGUCUUGCAGCUGGCGGUGUGGCAAGUUGGUGGUUUGUAACAAAUGGCUGGAAGAAAUUACCUGUCAUACUGACACGCUCUAUGAGAAUUAGUAGAGGCUUUGCGAGGGAAAUGUUUGAUAGUCGAAGAGCAUGAUAACUCGAGACGUCUUGGUCGGGAACAUGUAACAACACGGAUGGAGAAUGGUUCUGCCUCAUAAGAAUUACUAUCCCUCUCUCACAAAAAAAAAAAAAAAAAAAAAGAAAACGACUAAUGGUCGCAUAAUAUACAUACUCCCCUAUCAAUGCUUCUCUGAUCUAUCUCUAAACUUAGACUUAGACUUAUGGUUGAACUUGCAAGAGUGCCCCUGGUUUUUAGGAUAAUGUUAGAAAAGUUUCGUAUAACCGGAGCAUAUUCAUCAGUAGGCAGAGAGAGCUGAGAUUGUCUCUAGAACACAAGACCACACUCAAGUAUAUCAUAGAUAGUCGA